GUAAUGAAAGGCACUACAUGCGCAGUAUGUCCUUCUGCCAGCUCAAUACAUCAUCAUUUCUUCUUUUCCUUGCUGUCCAAAAUUCGCACCAUCGUCUUCCUGUCUUUCUCUUCUCUGCUCUGUAUCUCCCUCUGAAAAAAGAAAAAAAAAACUCACUCCCAUUCUCUCCUUUCUCAAACUGCGAGCUCAAUUCUCUGCUAAACAACUUCAACGAAGAAACCCAGAAAGGAAACAGAGCAGAAAGUAGAGAAGACCCAGAAAGACGACAUGUCGUCUUCAGACGAGGAGGGGUCAGGGGAAGAGUACCUGUUUAAGAUCGUGAUAAUUGGAGACUCAGCGGUCGGGAAAUCGAACUUGCUGUCUCGCUAUGCGCGCAACGAGUUCAAUGCGCACUCCAAGGCCACAAUUGGGGUGGAGUUUCAGACACAGAGCAUGGAAAUCGAUGGCAAAGAGGUCAAGGCUCAGAUUUGGGACACUGCUGGCCAAGAGCGCUUCAGGGCUGUCACCUCUGCCUACUACCGUGGCGCUGUUGGAGCUCUCAUUGUCUAUGAUAUCACUCGCAAGACCACUUUUGAGAGCGUUGGUCGCUGGCUCGAUGAGCUCAAGACUCAUUCGGAUACAACUGUGGCAAUGAUGUUAGUGGGGAACAAAUGUGAUUUAGAGAAUAUUAGGGAUGUCAGUGUUGAAGAUGGUAAAAGCCUUGCUGAAGCAGAGGGGUUGUUCUUCAUGGAGACAUCUGCCCUGGACUCAACAAAUGUUAUAAAGGCAUUUGAGCUUGUUAUUCAAGAAAUAUAUAACAAUGUCAGCCGGAAGGUCUUGAACUCAGACACUUACAAAGCAGAAUUAUCUGUCAACAGGGUAAGCCUUGUUAAUAACGGGGCAGAUGGAUCAAAGAAAAGUCAGGGCUACUUUUCUUGCUGUUCCGGGUGAUAUGGUUUAUGUCUCUGAAAAACGUGUAGGAAUGGGCACUUGAGGGCAUUUCCAAGGCUGGGUAUUCAAUUUGGUUCGUCAAUUGGUUUGUUUGUUUGGUACUGGAUAUCCACUUAAAGGUUUCCAAAUAAGUCAAUAUUAUACAAAGAAAACGUUAUCUUUAGUUCAUGUAAAACAAGUCAAGGUUUUUUUUACUCUGGAUACAAGCCAUGUAACUGCUAGAAAAAGAAGGCAGGCACCCAUUUUCUUUUAUGUGAUUGUAUUUGUUCGGGGUAAGUAUAUUAAGUUCUGCAAGUAGACAGAAGUUGUAUGUGUUUUUAUA